AUGAAGCCCUUGUUGCAGAUUUCAUUGUCUUAUUGUGUAAAAGAGAAAAAGCCAUGCAUUGGUUGGGUGGACAAGUAUUUCAAGGACUGUCUAUGCAACCUUAAAGAUGAAUUAUCCUUUGGUUUUGGUAUUAUUAGCCUCGUUUGUUGGGGAGUUGCAGAAAUCCCCCAAAUUAUCACCAACUUUCGAUCAAAGUCCAGCCAUGGCGUUUCUCUUUUGUUUCUUCUCACUUGGAUUGCCGGAGAUACAUUCAACUUAGUGGGUUGCCUUCUCGAACCUGCUACCUUGCCAACCCAAUACUACACUGCACUACUUUACACAACAAGUACAGUGAUACUAGUGUUGCAGUGUUUAUAUUAUGACUACUUCUAUAAAUGUUGGAGAAACAAAGAAAAAGAACCAACCCAAGAGGUUGAAGAAGCGAAAAAACCUCUGAAACCACCAAAGCCAGGUGCUACUACUAUCCCAAUACCUAGCGGCACGGCCGAAGUAACACCACAGAAAGAUUUCUAUUACUACGCAUCAGCAAGAUCAUUGGCAGGCAGCACACCGCCACCUAUUCGGUCUCAUCUUGGGCCACUUAGAAGUGGUCCUCCUUCUGAGGGAAUCGAAAAUGACUUGUCUUCAGAUGAUGAGGGAAAUCGAAGUCCAUUCAAGAAAUAUGUUAGCCAAUCUAAGCCAAUCCCGCGAUCUGUAGGCUACAGUGCAUUUUUAGCUACAUCCGUCAACAUGCCUCGAGGAACUCAGGCUUUGACUCAAGUAUACGUGGGAUUGGCCGGGAGGAAAUUAUUACAAGAACCCGGGACAGAAAACGUGUAUGGCCAGUGGUUGGGAUGGAUGAUGGCUGCCAUAUACAUGUGUGGUCGACUACCUCAAAUAUGGUUAAAUAUUAAAAGAGGGAGUGUUCAGGGAUUGAAUCCUCUGAUGUUUAUCUUUGCACUUCUUGCCAAUGCUACCUAUGUGGCUAGCAUUCUUGUAAGAUCAAUUGCUCGGGAAAAAAUUUCAGCCAACAUGCCCUGGUUGCUGGAUGCUUUUGGCUGUGUGGUGCUCGACUUGUUCAUCAUAUUGCAGUAUGUGUACUACAUAUAUUUUUGCAGGGAAACUUGCAACAGUGAAGAAGACGACCAUGGAGACUACGUUGAAGCAAACAAGGGAUAA